CUUGUUGUCCACGUCGGCCUCUAAGUGUUCUCCUGCCCUUAACCCCAUUUGACCUGCCGAUCAAUCCCUCCCUACCCUCUCCCUCUCUGAAAAAUCCCAAUCCUGCUGCUUUAAUCUCCCAACUACACAAUUCCUGUCUUCCUCCUAUCUCUCUGAUUGCAUUUGGUUUUCUUUGAAAUUCUUUAAUUCAAUUUGUCUGUUCUGUUGGAAUGAAUGACUUGUUCUCCGGCUCCUUCUCUCGCCUCCGCCACGAGCAGGCAUCGCCGGAUCAUCAUGUCAUCGAGAUGGCGUCCACGACGCCCACCGGCGGUGUCAACCUUGACAAGUUCUUCGAUAACGUGGAGUCGAUCAAGGACGAACUCAAGGAGCUGGAUCGCCUCAACCGGAACCUCCAGAGCUCUCACGAGCAGAGCAAGACCCUCCACAACGCAAAGGCCGUCAAGGACCUCCGUUCUCGCAUGGACGGCGAUGUUGCGCUUGCUCUCAAGAAGGCGAAGCUCAUCAAGGUCAAGCUGGAGGCUCUGGAUCGAUCCAACGCGGCCAACCGUAGCUUGCCGGGUUGCGGGCCAGGAUCCUCGUCGGACCGCACCCGCACCUCGGUGGUCAACGGGUUGAAAAAGAAGCUGAAGGACUCCAUGGAGAGCUUCAAUAGCCUUAGGCAGCAGAUCUCAUCGGAAUACCGCGAGACUGUACAACGCAGGUAUUUCACGGUCACCGGCGAGAACCCUGAUGAGAAGACCGUCGACCUCUUGAUCUCUACAGGUGAGAGCGAGACGUUCCUUCAGAAGGCCAUCCAAGAACAGGGCAGAGGCAGGAUUCUGGAUACUAUCAAUGAGAUUCAAGAGAGGCAUGAUGCUGUGAAAGAGAUAGAGAAGAAUCUGAAGGAGUUGCAUCAAGUGUUCCUUGACAUGGCAGUGCUGGUGGAAUCUCAAGGGGAGCAAUUGAAUGACAUAGAAAGCCACGUGGCGAGAGCUCAGUCGUUUGUGAGGGGCGGAGCUGAGCAGUUGCAGACUGCAAGGAAGCACCAGAAAAACACCAGGAAAUGGACCUGUUAUGCUAUCACGAUUCUCCUAGUAAUCAUCUUGUUUGUGGUUCUCUUCACUGUUAGACCAUGGGAACAUAACAAAGGCGGCGGCGGCAAUCAGCAAGCUUCACCCCAAACACCUCCUCCGCCCCCCGCUACGCCUGCUGGAAGAUGACUGUUGGAUGAUGAUUCUAUACAUGUAUACAUACACAUAUGCAUCUAUAGUCUGAGGAGGGUAACGGUACCUGGUGCAGUUGAAAUUGACUGUCCCAUAUUUUGACUGGGGCCAAUUGCAAUCUCUUACGAUGAGCAGAUAAUCUUAUCUGGUGGAUCAGGUGCAUCCUUGAUUAUCGUUGGUCUAUGUGUAUUCUUUGUGGAAUUCUAAACUUUCCUUAUUUAUUCUUCUUGCUUUUGUUU